UGUCCGGCCGCGAGGUCCCUCCGCCCCUGGGUCCCGUCGCCACACGCCGCCGAAGGUCUGGACCAGACGCCUUUUCCUCCCUGUUGUCCUUCGCCUUGUCCGGAGUCGGGCGCAUACCAUGUCGGUCGCACUCAGCAACAGGUUCCAAGGAGGGAAGGCGUUCGGUUUGCUCAAAGCCCGGCAGGAGAAGAGGCUCGAGGAGAUCAAUCGGGAGUUCCUCUGUGACCAGAAGUACAGUGAUGAAGAGAACCUGCCGGAAAAGCUUGCAGCCUUCAAAGAGAAAUACAUGGAGUUUGACCUGAACAACGAAGGCGAGAUUGAUCUGAUGUCUUUAAAGAGGAUGAUGGAGAAGCUUGGGGUCCCCAAGACCCACCUGGAGAUGAAGAAGAUGAUCUCGGAGGUGACAGGAGGUGUCAGUGACACCAUCUCCUAUCGAGACUUUGUGAAUGUGAUGCUGGGAAAGAGGUCUGCAGUCCUCAAGCUGGUCAUGAUGUUUGAAGGGAAAGCCAAUGAGAACAGCCCAAAGCCAGCCGGCCCGCCUCCAGAGAGAGACAUCGCCAGCCUGCCUUGAGGACCCGCCUGGACCUUCCGGGCUGCCAUCCCUGUCCCUGCCUCUCCCAUCUGCUCUCUGCCAUCUUGACUCAUUGUGACAUGUCUCCUGUGUUCUGUCCCAGAGGACUCAUCUCCUUUUUCAUUUCCAUUUCUUUGUGUAAGCACGUGUUACCUGACUUAAUGAGGCUGGGGUCCUGUGUCUCCGGCCCUUCUGCUCCCUGCUGCCCUGCCCUCUCUAUACAAAAGGGCUGACAUCAAACCAAAAACUGGAGAGGGCAGGGAGGCUGCAAACCUCGGUUCUGUGUUUGAAGAGGGCCCUGUCCGUCUGAUCAUCUUUCUCAGUUCCUAAAUUAAAUUCAGGGUGCAGGUUUGGUCCUGGUGGGGCCCUCCCCUUCUCUAACUCUCAGAAGAUCCAGAGCAGGCACAGAGCUCCAGGGCUCCCUAGCGUCCUGGGGACGUGCUUCCAGUGCUGCGGAAUCCUCUAGCAAUGGUCACUCAGUGCCUAGAGACACAACUGAUUCUCCUCGGUUCUUGCCUCUGUCCAUUCUCAGUGAUGUGACGCGAGGUGGGGAGGAAAGAACAACCUUUGGGGUUCUUCAGAGGAACCAGAAAGAACCACUCCUUUACAGCAGCUCAGAGGUUCCACUGUCCCUUGCUAGGGCAGUAAAGGGGUUUGGAGGCAGAGGUGAGGUCAGUGGUGUGGGAGGUCCUACUUUGAGGGAGGAUGCUGAGGGCGCCAGGGUAGAAGUGGAGUCAAGUGUUGAACCUCAAAUAGAGAAACAGGCUGUCUGAUGGCACAGUGCCCCCAGUACUAUUUACUGUCCCGCCCCACCUGCCCCGCCCUUCACUUUCUCGGCGGUUAUUUAUCAAGUGUGUAUUACAAGCUUUAAGUCCUCCUGCUUUGUCCGACUCCUCACUCCCUUUUCAAAUCCCUCAAGACCUGGAGCUUGGGGAUUAGACAGAAGUCACAUGACAGAUUUUAGCUGGAGCAGUCCUUCCGUUUCAUUUCACCGCUGGCCUCCGGGGGACUGAGUGCCUUGCUGAUCAGUGGGGGCUAUCAGAGAGUGUGGGCUGGAGGCCUGCUCUAGGCUGCACUGGUCAAAGGUAGGAGCAGCAUCUCCCAGCCCGAUACGUGAGGAAGGUGUGAUCUCCACUGAACACCUUGGGUCAGGGCUCACCCUCCUGAGGGCCUCCAAGUUGGCAGUGAGGUCUGAGUAUGAGAAGCCUCUCUUGGUGGACUGUCUUCCUUACGGCUUCUUGACUGAUCCUCAGAAACCAUUUCCAGGAAUUCACGCAGGAAAGUAUCAAACGUCUUACCCGAGUGGGCAACUGCAGCCUUGACCUACCUGUGUUCUGGAACCAUUCAGGCUGGGCACUCAGGACAAGACACAGUCACUCAUCAAAUAUGUUUAUCAAGCACCUGCUCUAUGCCACGAGUCCAGAAGCCAGCAGAGAAAUGGACAGAUGCGUGAUAUUUAUGUCUACUGGGGAAUCACUCCCAGCCAAUGACAGUGUGGUGUUAGGAAGGUGGGGUAGAGUGGGGUGGGAAGCGGUGAGAACCAGGUAGUCCCAGGAAAUCUGGUGGGGUUCAUGACUUGGCAAGUGUCAGAAGAGCCUCUGUAAAACCCUAAGUAGACAAAGACGGAAGCAUUGAGCUAGUGUGGUUUUCCUGUGGCUCUUGUUCCACAGUCCAGUACCCAGGGUGCUGUUGCCACAGCGGUGCGAGGGAGUGAAGCAAGCGGGGAAUGGAAUGGCUAGCUCCAGUUGAUCCUCUGCUCUCAACCAGUUCAGUUCAGGAGAGAGAUCAUUUCGCUAUGACUGGCUGAUUUUUCAGCCCCAGGAGCUGCUUCAAACACACAGUCUAGUUGAAGUUUAAACCCCAGCAUUCCUCCCUAUAAAUAUAAAAUCCUGUCUACCCUCAUCCUGUCCUCUGACUUUUUUUCUCUUUUAAGAUUAGCAUCUCUGCCACCAUUUCCUCCCGCCUUCCUUCUCUGACUGGGCUGGGAGCUUGGACUGCAUUGGGUCCCUGUUCUCUGUGACAGGAAGGCAGAUUCAGUCGGGUUCAGUGGGUCCACAACGCAUGAGCUUACACACCACCUCCAUAAAGGAGUGUGCCACUGACCUCUGUAAAGUACAGAAAGAGGUUCUCUAAUUGGGAGACCAUCUUCAGUGGUCUGUAGAUCAAUCCAUGGGAAGACAGUCCUAAGAAUAACCCUUUAAUUGAGGAGUUGGCAUAUCUUUCAAGUUGUGUCUGUUGGUUCCAGGGUUCUUAACCUCCCUAGUUAAGGGCUUAGCUUUCUAGGGACAUCAGCUGUCUUAGUUCUGAAAAAGACCAAAUGUAACUUGGUGUAACCAGCAGUUUGGGGACUUCAAGUUUGGCUUUGUCCCUGUGACUCAAAAGAUGUUUGUCAGGUAGAUUUGGGUGACUGCCAUUGUGUGCAUGUGUAUGUAUGGUUGGGAUAUGGUCUCCUGCAGACUGAAAUAAACUAGAGCAAUUUA